AUGCUCACUGCUUACGUUUUCUUAAGCGAGACACACUCAAUUGAAAACAUUGCAAGAAAAGCCGUCGAAACAACAAGUCUCUCGUUGAUUUCAACAACAAAAAAUGGCGCAAAUAAACCGAUGUUCAAAGAUAAACUCCUUCGCCCAUUUGGCUUUGUGAUCAAACCUGAGCGAAAAGUGUGCACAGACACAACGAGAGUCUUUAUUGCGAUUCAUUCAGCCGCUUCAAAUUUCGGUCGACGUCAAGUGAUCCGAGAGACUUAUGCUCAAAGGAAAUUACAAGAACGGUACGAAUUCUCAUUUCUUUUCACAUUGGGUCUUCAAGAAUCGGAUCUCUUUCAAAAAUGGAUUGUCGCCGAAGCAAAAGAAUUUGACGAUAUUCUCCAGGGAAAUUUCCAAGAACACUAUCACAAUAUGACAAUUAAGAAACUAAUCUGGAUGCGUUACGCGAUGGGAAACUGUCAGAAAACGAAAUGGAUUGUCCAUUUGGAUGAUGAUGCACUUCUUGAUAUACACUCACUCAUCGAUUUCUUUGAAAACAAAAAAGUCUUUGAUUCGAAUACUUUAUAUUGUAUGGCGAUCUCGUAUAAUCAAACGCUCGUCGUCAGAAAUCCGUAUAGCAAAUGGUUCGUUUCCGAAGAUGCCUAUCCUCUUGAUUUCUAUCCAAAGUAUUGUGCUGGAGCGGCUUACAUUCUUCCCCAAAAAGCACUGUAUUUGAUGGAUGAGGCGAUUAAAGGAAUGGAAUAUAUUACGGUGGAUGACGCUUUUAUCACUGGAAUUGUUCGUGAGGCGGUGGGAAUCGAUAUUCGACAACUUCUUCCAAAUGGAAUCGUUCGGCAUGAGCUCGAUCCAUUGAUUCACAAAUUUCAAACGGGAAGGGCGGUGAUGGCUGAGUGUCCGAAUGAACAUUGUAUGAGACAUUUAUGGGAAAUAAUCAAUUCUCUUCACAAACUUACCCAAAAACCAAACGUCAACAUCUCAAUCACGACAAUUCCCGAUUAUCACCCAAUGGAAGUCGAGAUUUUGGUUCGUUACGGUGAGACGAUUCACUUUGAUGGUGGAAUCGAUGUGCAAAGUCUUUAUGAGCUCAAUUCAACGCGAGAGAUCACUCUUCCGCAAUAUGUUCGCUAUCCUCGAAAGCUCAUCUUCAUUUCACUCACUUUACCAAUUUCGCUCAUGAUUCUUCUCUUUCUCUGUAAAAUCUGUGUCUUUCUUGCGAAUUUCUUUGAGGAAUACUACAAAAAACGAGUGUUUACCGAA